UUUUAAAUUGUAGAAAUAAUUUUAUCUUAAAAAAUAUUCUGUCUCAUGUCACAUAAAAUUUCAAAUUCGAGAAAAAAGUUGUCUGGUUAUGAGUACAGAAAAAGAAAGUCCGUUAAAGAUCAAAAAUUUGAAAAAAUUAAAAAAUUCAUGAGCAUUGAAAAAUAUGUUGCUUAUAAAAAAUCUGACGAAGGUCGUGAAGAUUUUAACCCUGAUGCUUCAACUAUCUCUACGACUAUGUCCAAUAAAAUUAGAGAACCUUCAACAAUACUCAAAAAUAGUUGUAUAACUUCAUUGCAAAUUGAAGUAGAUAAUGAACCAGUUAUUUUAAAAGAUUCGAAUUAUUUAUCAGAAAUUUUUUUACAAGAAACACUUAAUUUAUUGGAUUGUGGAAAUUGGCCAAAAUUUCGAUCUAGCAACUUUGUGGACCGUUUAAUCAAACUUGGUCCUUUUCAAAUUACAAAGGAAAAAUACCCUGAAGAUAGAAAUGGUCGACAUUUUUCUAGCAUUUAUAACAAUAGAAAGCUUGCGAAUGUAGAAACCUUUUGCCGUAGAUGGUUGGUUUAUUCAGAUUCUAAAAACUUCGUAUUUUGUUUUUGCUGUCUACUUUUUGAUAAUAAUUCAAAGUCAAACUUAGUCUCUGAUGGUUUCAAGAAAUGGAGACAUUUAACUGAAACAUUGGAAAUUUAUCAAAACAGCGUCUCUCAUACGAAAUGUUAUCAACAGUGGGUAGAAACUGAAAUAAGAUUAAAAACUGGAAAAACUAUAGAUAAUGAAGAAAUUAAAAUUAUAGAAAAAGACAGUUUGCGAUGGCAAAAUGUUCUUCUUCGGCUGAUGAAUAUCACUCUUUACCUAGCUGAAAAUAAUAUGGCUUUUCGAGGGAGUUCGGAUAAACUGUUUACGCCUCAAAACGGCAAAUUCUUAGGACUAAUACAGAUGCUUGCAAAAUUUGAUCCUGUGAUGCAAAAGCAUUUAGCACUUGCAGUAAAAGGUGACACUUCAGACCAUUAUUGCGGGAAAAAUAUUCAAAAUGAGUUAAUAGAUUUAAUGUCUCAAAAGGUUAAUGAUGAAAUAAUAAACCGAAUCUUGAAAGCCGUUUACUAUUCAAUCAUUGCUGAUUGUACACCUGAUAUUUCUAGAAAAGAACAACUUUCUCUUACUAUUCGAAUUGUUGACUUGUCAUUAGACAUUAGAGUGGAAAUUAAAGAGUACUUUUUAGGAUUCUUUUCUGUUUCUGAUUCUACAGGCUUAGGACUUACCGAGGUUUUAAUCGAGUUGCUAACUAAGCAUGGACUUGAAAUCUCUAACUGCAGAGGUCAAGGGUAUGAUAAUGGAUCAAAUAUGAAAGGAAAGAUUAAUGAUGUACAAAAAAGGAUUUUAAAUCUUAAUCCUUUAGCAUUAUAUGUUCCUUGCGGCAACCAUAGCUUAAAUUUGGUAAUAAGUGACUCUGCACGGUCUUCAGUAAAAUCUAUAGCUUUUUUCGGUAUUCUUCAGAGAUUGUUUACUCUAUUCUCAGCUUCAGUGAGCCAAUGGAAAAUUUUAAUUGAUCAUGUUAAAAUUUUGCAUUUAAAGAAACUCUGUGACACGCGGUGGGAAGCAAAAAUAAGUAGUGUUAAAGCCGUUCGUUAUCAAGUUGGUAAUGUACAUGACGCUUUGAUAGUAUUGUCAGAAAUUGAAGGAUGUAAUCCUGAAACUGCACAUGAAGCGAUAACUCUAGGAGAGCAAUUAAAAGAUUUUAGCUUUCUUGUCUCUUUAAUUGUCUGGUAUGACGUUCUUUUUCAAGUCAAUAUUGUUAGUAAAACUCUUCAAGAAAAAGACAUGGACAUCACUCAAUGUGCAAAGUUAUUGAAAAGCUAUUGUUCAUUUUUAGAAAACUAUAGAAAAUGUGGUUUUAAAGAUGCAAUUAUAAAAGCAAAGGAUUUGGCUAUAGAAUUACAAGUGGAGCCUGUUUUUAAACCACUUAAAAGAAUAAUACGAGUGAAACGCCAUUUUGACGAACCAGUCCAAGAUGGGAUUUAUUUAUUUUCUCCUGAAAAAAAAUUAGAAAUCGAUUUCUUCAAUCCUCUUUUAGACACGUCUUUAAUUUCAAUGAGAGAAAGAUUUAUACAGUUGGAGAAUUAUUCCGAAGUUUGGGGUUUUUUGUAUAAUGUCGAUAGUUUGCAAAAAAGAGAAGAAAUUCUAAAAUCAUGUUUAGCUCUUCAAAGUAAACUUACCGUAAAUCUAAAAUCGGACUUUAAUGGUAUUCUCCCUUGCGAUGAACUGAUGAGCAUUAAACCUUUUCUUUCUGAAAUGGUCAAGGAUAAAAUUACUCCUAUUAUUGUUUUAAACUUUAUAAAACAGCACAAAAUGCAAGAUUUGUAUCCAAACACAUGGAUUGCAAUGCGAAUUUUGCUAACAAUACCUGUCACUGUAGCGAGUGGAGAAAGAAGCUUUUCCAAAAUGAAACUAAUAAAAACCUAUCUGCGGUCAACAAUGUCGCAGGAUAGACUUUUAGAUACUCUGCUUUGGUCAGUUUUAUGGUAUUUCUUACUUCUAAUUUUUUAUUUUGUUUAUCAAUAUUUCAUCUUUACAUAAGCUGUUUUUAUUAUAUUUUAUUACAUAUAAAAUAAAAGCUUUUCUUUUUGAGAAUGUUUUAAUAACAAUGAUGAGGAUUCUUAAAGGCAGCGUGGGGUAAACGUAGUUUUGUGGAGUUUCUUUAUAGAAACAUAUAUACGCAUAGAUACGUUUUGGAAAGAAGAGAAGCUAAUCUUUCUUUUUUUUAAACUUUUAUGUAUGGUUACUAGACUUUUUGACAGAUUAUUUUGCUCCUGAAUAUUUGGUUGAUGUUUUCACAUGAAUUUGUAGUCGAAGUCAUGUCGUGUCCGCUUUUUUUGUUAUUCAGGCAAUUUUUGACAUGCAUUUUCUAUUUAUGUACCAAAUUUCAACGAAAAAUAUUUGGGAGCAGAUAUGUUACAAGGUGCUUUAUUAAAUAUACUGCUUUUUUUAGGUAGGGUUAGACAAACGUUUUUUGUGGUGUUUCUUUUUAAAAACAUAUAAAACAAAAGUUAUAUUUGGAAAGAAGAAAGUCUAUCAAGGCAGAUAUUCUGCACACACACAAAAAAAGGAUCCAAGAUAGCUUGCUAAAGGUUAGACCUAAGUAUUUAUUUAUUGCUCAAAAGAGUUUUUAACUUUAUCCAGAGUUGUUUGUUGCUUGAUUUUAGUUAAAUCACUCAUAUUGAGUAACAACUUUAAGAGUUGACUCGAAAUGGAAAAGAAAGGAAAGACCCAGUGGGCACACGACGGAAAAAAGACGUCUUAUGUACGUUCAGUUCACGUCCGCUCGAUUUGUUCACAAUAAGAACUAUAAUAAGACGUCUUAUGAACGUCUUUUUCUCGUCCGUUCCGAAAAUAAGAACAUUUAUCACUUUCAGUUUUGAAAAACCUUUUUAUUAUGUCUAAUGACGCGAAUGUCAUUAUUAAAAGGUGUUUUAAUAAUGGCGCCAUUUUUAUAAGGUGUUUAAAUAAUGGCGAUUCUCGUAUGAAUUACUUUUUAGAUAAUUGUUAGAUAACAUAUGUGUUUUGUAUUUAUAUAUGUAUAUAGAUAAAUAAAAUAUACAAAGAUUGUUUA